ACGCCCCGACCUGUCAACCCGAAGCGUCCAUUCUCAGGUCGAAUCAAAAUAAACCAAAAGGUGAAUUAACCACAAAUGAUGUGAGAGCCGUUGCCUCCGAAAAAUGCAGUCGGGCCUCCUCAACUGAAUCUCCCCCAUCGCCAAGACGCACUGCCACUUUUCCCGCACCCAAAAAUAAACAAACGCACAUAACCUCAAUCUUCCACCGCCGCAAGAAAAUGGUAAGGAAACGCUCCCGCAAGUACGAGAGCGACGACAACGACAGCGACAGCGACCUAGACUGCGACUUCGAGACCCAGUCGAGGCCGGCGCCCAAGAAGUACAGCCUGCGGGAGCGCAAGGCCCCCUUGUUCACCACGGACUUCGACUACUACGGGCUCGACGAAGACGACGCCGAGGCGCGGAAGCAGUCCACGGACGACGAGGACUUCCAGGUGGAGGCGGACGUGAACGGGGCGAGGAGCUUCUUCGAGCCGGACCCGGACGUGGACCCCCAGAAUUCUGAAGGUCUGAUCGAUUUUGAGGACAUAAUAAGGGCCGACAUCGUGGUCAACAAGAAUAAGAUAGACUAUGACAAUAUGAUACAGAAGACGGAGAUUAAAUUGACGCAGCAGCCGAAAAAGCGGGGUCGGAAGCCGAAAAUCCGACCCGACGGCGACAUCAAGAAGGAAGAACCGACUGAGACUCAGUUUGUGUGUGAGCCAGAUUUGGGUAGUCUCGAAUUGCAGAAGCAAGAGAUCGAGGAAGUGAAGGAGGAGAGGACUGAAAACCCACAAGACGCUAAAGAUAAAAGCGAAGGGCUUCCGAAUGGCGACGUUUUGGAAGGUUUGGAGAACGGUGAUACCCAAAAGGGGGACAGCGAGUCCCCGGGGAAGGAACGAAAUAGUAUAGAGAUGGUGAUGUUAGAACCUCCUCCUAUCCAGGAGGAGGAUAAACAGGAAGACGAAGACGACGAUGUUAUUGUUUUGGGUGAGCUUAAACAGGAUGUCAUUGUUUUAGAUGACUGAGCGAGCGCAAUGACUUGUAUAUAGGGUGUAUAGUUUAAUC